AUGUAUGAAUUUAUUAACAAAUACAAAAAUAAAUAUGUCGAUUAUGAAGACUUGAAGAAUAAGGCUGUUUUUAUAAGAAAGAAUGAUAAAACCUAUUAUGGUGAGAUACUAAAUUAACGGAAACAUGGAAAAGGUAUAAUUGCAAGUGGGAAUUAUUUUUAUGCAGGAGAUUUUCAAAACGAUACUAAACAUGGAAUUGGUUAUGAAAGAAAUUAAGAUGGAACAUCUUAUGAUGGAGAAUUUGUAAAUGAUUAGCAUUAAGGAUUUGGAACCUAUUGGUAUGCUGAUGGUAGCUUUUUUGAAGGAAAUUGGUGUAAUUCUUUGAAGCAUGGAGAAGGUCUUUAUAGAAAAGGAGAUGAUAUUGAAUAUUAUGGGGAAUGGAAAUUUGGUUAAGUUGAUGGAAAAGGAAUAUUAAAGACUAAAAAAUCAAAAUAUGAAGGAGAGUUCAAAAAUGGUUAAAAAAAUGGAUUUGGUAUAGAAACAUUUACUAAUGGAAUUUGUUAUCGUGGAUAAUAUGUAAAUGGAAAGGCAGAAGGAUAAGGUAUAUUGAUUGGUGAGGGUUUUAAAUAUGAAGGUGAAUUCAAAAAUGGACUCAAACAUGGAAAUGGUAAAUUGAUAAUUGAAAAUGUUGAAUAUGAAGGUUCAUUUCUAAAUGAUUAAAAAAAUGGGUAUGGUGAAAUGAAAUGGCCAAGUGGUAGUUAUUUCAAAGGAUAUUUUCUAAAUGAUGUGAGAUAAGGAUAUGGAUAGAUGUUUUGGUAAGAUGGAUCAUUCUAUAAGGGUUAAUGGCAUAAUGGAAAAUAAUAAGGACAUGGAAGAUUAUUUAAUAAUCAUAGAUUAAUUAGUACUACUUUCAAUACAAAUAAACAAAAUAUUGAAGAACCAAAUAUACCAUAAUUAUCUACUAUUUAAUCUACAAAUAUUAGAUAAAAUAUCACUCGUUCUAGAAUAUCAACUAGAUCCAGAAUUUCUACUUCUUGUUCAUCUCCAAAAAAAAAAUUUUGUUAAAGAAACUCAACUGUUUAAAAUAAUUGA